AUGCGAGGCGUGGGCCGCAGGGAGGCAGCCUCAAUGCAGCGUCCCUGCGUGAGUAAAAGCCCUUGCCGCGGAGAGAAUGCGCAGAAACUACAUGGCGAUUUCGCCGAAUUACAACGGCGGUUUGCGUUUUUGACGAACGUCACGUCGUCGAGCCUCGAGCAAAUUCGACUUGUCGCUGAAGGUGCGUUGAAGGAGCUGCACGAGGAGGGGGAGCUGCCGGCGUGGUCGCGCGGAAGGAACGGCGCCCUUCGUGAACUCGUGGCUCUCGUGGAGCGGGCGCAGCGUGAUGUGCAGCUCGCCAGCACGUCGUUGACGCUGCCGUCGUGCUCAGCCACUGCGACUCCACACGGGAAAGUGGCGGUGCCGCUGGUGGUGCCUGGCGGUGCCAGCAUCGACAGUGACGAGAAAGCUCGUGAGGAUGAGGUUUUUAGGGCACAUCAAUUGGCCUGUGUUCUGCAGGAGCGGAACACAAUAAAGGAGAGUCUCAUGAACACGAAGGGGAUGUAUGCGUCGCUGCAGCAGAAGUUUAGCAUUUUGUCGAAGGAGCACAGUCGACUGCUACAGACCCUGACGCAUGCGAGAGCUGAAGACGCCACGGCGGCGGACGCAGAUGCGGCAAAGGCCACUCCGCUGAAUAUGUCUUUGGAGGUCUUGAAGGAGGCCAUGCGGCAGCUGUACGACCGUCGGGUGCGGGAGCUGGAGGAGGAGGUGAUGUCUGCACGGGAGGAAGUGCGCCAGAUGAGCACUGACGGCGAUGGCAGGACGCAUCAGAGGGUAGCUUCUGCGAAACUGCAGGAAGAGGGAGUUGUGGACUCCGGCAGGGCUUUGAGUGCCGGCAAACAGCGUGAGGACACAUCGGAGAAACUGCGGCGGCAGAACACGUUUUUGCGGAAUAAGUUAGUGCGGCUGCGGGAGGAGCUUCACGUCAGCCAGCAGGCCGCCAUUGGCUCUGCGGAACAGUUGCGUGAGGGACUGGGUCGUCUGCUCAAGACGAUCACAGGGCUUCAGCAGGACGUUGCGACGAAGGAGCGGCAGCGGGCUGACGCACUGCUUCUGCAGGAGGAGGCAACCCAAAAAGCGGAACGGUUGGCGGCACGUGUGACGACGUUGGAGGGACAAGUGACGCAGAUGCACACGGGUGCGGUGGUGUUGGAUCCUUUUUUGUCUAAACCAUCGUGUGGGGCGCGGUGUGUGGCGUAUGUUGACGGGGCACUUCCCACACUCACUGCUACGCUUGCUGCGAGGGAGGCCGAGUUGCGGCAGGCGCAGAGGGAGUUGAACGAUUCUGAGCUUCGGGUGAGCCAGUUGACGCGCGCUCUCGCCAAGGCCCAGGAGCUCCUGCACGAUGAGGAGACAUCGCAGGUAAAGCUGCAGCUGACGUUGUCGGAGACGCAGGGGAUGUGGGAGGCCGCGCAGGCGCAGCUGGAACACAUGCGGGCGCAGGAGACAAUGUUGGCGAGACUCGAGGGGGAAGUGCGUCGCGCGGUGGAAGAGCUGCUGCACCCUCGCCUCCUUGCGGUGGGGGACGACGCCCCAGCAGGCGGAAGCAACGGCGGAGAGGAGGCCCACCUUGGCGUCGCGCUGCAGCGACAACUAGACGGCAUCCUGCAGCGGCUGCGGCAGCUGGAGGGGCUGGAGCUUCAGCUGCGCCAGAGGGACGAUGCUGUCGUCAUCCUCCAAGACGAGAAUGCGGAGCUCGAGGAGCGAAAUCAACACCUGCAGCAGACGCUCUCCAAUCUGUCCCUGCUAUUCCACGCCAUACCACAGACCCCGCUGGAGGUGGAGGAGUUGGUGGUGGAGCGCGAUGUUUUGCUCGCCGCCUUGCAGCGCUGCGAGGAGCUCGCUGUGGUGCCGAACGUAAAGGAGACAUGCAGGAGCGUUGAGUUGCGGAAGAUGGAGUUGGCAGCGCGCCAGACGGUGCAGCAGCGGUCCCUGCAGAGUCGUCCGCAACUCCAGCAGCGCACUGCCAACUCGUCCACCUCCCCCCCGCCCGAGGCUGCUAAGGCUUCCGCCACGCCGAGGCGUGGGAAGUCGGACGCUCGCUUGUCGUUUCGUUCCCCCUCCAUACUCAUUGAGGAGCAGGGGGGAAAUGAGGAAAACAUGCGGGCGAGGGACUGA